AUGGAACCGUCCUUCAAACCGUGUGACAUUUCCUUUCCACUUCCAAAACACCCACACCUCCAUUUCCAUGCGCAUCUUACCCGGCUGGGACAAUGCACAAUGGUCCAUUUGACGACCACCGAUAUCGGAGACUCGGAGACCUCCUUACCACCGCUCGGGAGCUUCGUCUAUGCAAUGCCCGACAUGAGAAACGACCGCGAUGUGAUUAGUACUGCUCUGUCAACUUCGGGCUCUAGCAUCGACUAUGCAACUCGACUGGCCAAGAUCUUGGCCCGGAAGAUGAAACAGCCAGUGUAUGUGGGUUGUAGUAUGAAUUUGGCCGGCACCACCGCAGAGGAAGAGAUGGAAGGGCUCACCGUCGCCGUCGAUCAGAUAAUGAAGAUGUGGUCUCGAGGCUCAUGA